CUCUGUUCCCACAGGAGCAGAUGGCGUAGGACAGGAUGCGUGGUGGCUAAUUUUUGCUACAGACCUCAGCUUUAGAGUGGGCAGGCACUGAAUGAGACUCAGAGUGACAGCUCAGACAGGACACGGUGCCACUGUACCCUGAGCAGAGAGAGCAUCUGGGCCCGGGAGGAGCGGCGCCAGCCAGGAGCGUAGAAGACAUUCUGACCAUGGCCUCCCCAUCAUGCUUCCACUCGGAGGACGAGGACUCUCUGAAAGGAUGCGAGAUGUACGUGCAGAAACAUGGCAUCCAGCAGGUGCUCAAAGAAUGCAUUGUGCACCUCUGUGUUGCCAAGCCGGAUCGGCCACUGCGAUUCCUCCGGGAGCACUUUGAGAAGUUGGAGAAGGAGGAAAACAGGCAGAUCCUGGCUCGGCAGAAGUCAAACUCCCAGUGUGAUUCCCAUGAUGAGGAGAUCUCCCCAACACCUCCAAAUCCUGUGGUCAAGGCACGUCGCCGGCGGGGUGGUGUGAGCGCUGAAGUCUACACUGAAGAAGAUGCUGUCUCCUACGUGAGGAAGGUCAUCCCCAAGGACUAUAAGACCAUGACUGCGCUGGCCAAGGCCAUUUCCAAGAACGUGCUCUUUUCUCACCUGGAUGACAACGAGAGAAGUGACAUAUUUGAUGCCAUGUUUCCUGUCACUCACAUCGGUGGGGAAACAGUCAUACAGCAAGGGAACGAAGGAGAUAAUUUCUAUGUGAUUGACCAAGGAGAAGUAGAUGUAUAUGUGAACGGAGAAUGGGUCACCAACAUCAGUGAGGGGGGAAGCUUCGGGGAGCUGGCUCUCAUCUACGGCACCCCCAGAGCGGCUACUGUGAAAGCCAAAACGGACCUCAAGCUCUGGGGCAUCGACCGUGACAGCUACAGGCGCAUCCUCAUGGGAAGCACGCUGAGGAAACGCAAGAUGUAUGAGGAGUUCCUCAGCAAAGUCUCCAUCCUGGAAUCCCUGGAGAAGUGGGAACGCCUGACUGUAGCUGAUGCCCUGGAGCCUGUGCAGUUUGAAGAUGGAGAGAAAAUCGUCGUGCAGGGGGAGCCUGGGGAUGACUUCUACAUCAUCACAGAGGGCACUGCUUCAGUCCUCCAGCGACGAUCCCCCAAUGAGGAGUAUGUGGAAGUGGGGCGCCUUGGACCCUCUGACUACUUUGGGGAGAUUGCCCUGCUGCUGAAUCGGCCCCGGGCAGCCACUGUGGUGGCCCGGGGUCCCCUCAAGUGUGUGAAGUUAGACCGGCCUCGUUUUGAGCGAGUCCUGGGCCCCUGUUCUGAGAUCCUAAAGAGAAACAUCCAGCGUUACAACAGCUUCAUCUCCCUGACUGUCUGAGCUUGUGUUGCACCUGCGCCCUUGGAGGCCUCCUCAUGUGGCCCUGUGACCCAUUUCCUAUGCCAGAGGCCUGGGAGCUGCUGGUUAGUAGCUGAGUGGGGCUGGUGCCUAGCCUGGAGCCUCCCCUUCCUCUGGACUCACUUUUGGAAUAAAUAACCAUCUUGUGCUUUUUAAAAAAUAAAGGGCAAGAGGCAACUGUAUCCCCAGACCAGGGAAGUGACAGCUGGCUCCCCCUGCAGCCUUAUCUUGGGGCCACCUUAUCCCCCUCUCCAAGUCUUCUGGGAAGUCUUGUCUGAUCCCCAUACUUGGUCCUGUGUCCUGCCAGGUCUCAAGAGUGGGGCUGCUGCCACCCUUGUAGCUUUCCCCCAGAGCUGGGAGUUAAUCAGAACACUGUCCCUGGUCCUUGUAAGAUUCUCUGGUCUAGGCCCAGGUGUAAAACAGAUUCUGACAAAUGGAGAUGUCAUCAAAUGAGCAAUCAAGCUGAGAGCAGAAACAGAGGUCGAAAGGCAUUCUUGGUACCUGCCAAAUGUCCCCAACUCUCAGAAGGACCCCUGAGGGACCCAAAUUGAUCCUAGCCUUCUAUCCAGAGACUAAGCUAUGGCCCCCGAAAGUCAGGAGGUGGUGGCUGAGCCCUCUCUACUCUCAGAGCGCUUGGAAAGUCCAUUUCUGGGUAGGCCAGGCACUCUGACCUCAUGUCAGGACAGGCCAAGCCUGUGACCCCUUACUGGCUGGACGCCCAGAUUGGGCAGGAAGUGUGGCCGAUGGCGGGGCUUUCCAAACGUGAUGAGUCUGGGCUGAGUCCCCAUCUCCUGGAGACCAGGAGCCAUGACUCUGUCUACCUGCCUAUUGAAGACUCCAAGGAACAGCAAGGAACUCCAACUUGCUGGUUAAAGUUGUAGGUUUGAGCCCUCCCAGACUCUCUGUGUAAAGCCUGAGUCCCUGUCCCCUGACUCCCAAACACCUCUCACCCGAGUCUCUCUGCUCCCUUACAAGAGGGGAUGAUGUACUGAAACCAGGCUUGACCCCACAUCCCUAAACCAUCCACAGUGGAGUGUGAUAUGAGCCAGCCAGACCCGAGGGCCACAUGAGUGUCCACAACUGCUUAGUGUCCCCUGGGUGACCGGCAUGUCAUGAGACAGUGUGAUCAACCUUUUCUUGCCCUGCUGUGCACGUCUAGGUGACCCUUCCAGCUGACCAUCAGCUCCCCGCUGUGUGGCCCUGGCUAUGUGUGUCUUGCCUGCACUGUGGACUAUCUGUGGAUUCUGUGGCCCUGCUCCUCCGUCCCCUAUUUAUGUCACCAAGUGCUGCAUGAACUAUUAAAUGUGCAAUGAAGAA